GGAUCCGGCUUAAGUUGUCCUCUGGAAAUCUCGUAUCCUAACAGUCUCACUUUAGCAGUGCUAAUUUCACUUUUUGUUUCAUUAAGAGUGAUUCCAUACUUUUGAGCACUAUCAAGAAAUCGCUGUAGGUUUCGGUCGUGUGAUUCAGAGUCCAUACCACAGAUGGUCACAUUGUCCACAUAAGCAAAAGUGUCACUGAGUCGUUCGUCUUCGAUGAUUUUGCCAAUCGUACGCUGAAAACAGGCGACUCCUUACUCUAAGAUUAUUGUGACCAAGUAAAAGUUCACCCGAACACUUUUCUGACGCAUUGAACAAACAGGAUGGCUAUGUGUCGUCUGUUCAGGAGGACCAGCAAAACACCCUUAGUAAUGUCUAUAGUAACUAUUGCCUCAUUUAUAGUGGUUUUCAAUUUGCUCUUUGCUUUUGUUCUACAUCACAAAUCCACUCGUAGGAAACUAAUGUCAGGUACAGAUCAAGAGUUUCUACGCCAGUUACAAAACAGAUCGCUUGAAAAUCCCUUCUCUCUAGACAAGACACUACGCCCUGAUUCUGAAAAUCAAUAUCAUUUGCCCAUGUAUGAAGGAAACCGUCAAAGUUUGGAAGUGAUUGCUACCAUUCAAAAUGCACCUCAUUUCAAUUUCACAAACAACGUUUUAAUAGCUCAAAGCAGAGACAUCCAAAAUGGGAAUAAGCAACAUUCGGACAACCUUCCAGACCUUAAACAUCGGCCAGACGCUGGUCUAAUAAAUGGGCAUAGUAAUUUAUUGAAUGAAAACUUAAAGACAGUAUCUCUUCUGGAUGCGAGGAAAAUGCCAAUACCUAACGAAAGGGAUUCUGGGAUCAGGAGAGUGUCGAUUAGUCUAGAAGAUUACAAGGCAGGGAUGCACACAGGCAAUCCUCUUAUCGAUAACUACGGGAAGAAUAACCUGAGUGACAGGGGAGAGAUGGGCAAGCCGGUGGUACUGACACCAGAGGAAGAGGCUCGGGCCCAAGAGGCCAUGUCGGAGUUUAAUGUGAACAUAGUGGCAAGUGAUGUGACACCUUUGAACAGACUAGUGCCAGACUCAAGGCUCAACAAGUGUGACCAGUUGAAGUAUGAUACAAGCCAUCUACCUACUGCUUCCAUCAUUAUACCGUUUUACGACGAGUGGCCUUCACUUCUGCUGAGAACCAUCUACAGUGUCAUUAACAGAAGCCCCAGGCACCUGGUCAAAGAAAUUAUUUUGAUUGACGACGCAAGCACUUUAGAACAGUUGAAAAAUUCUUUGGAGGAAUACAUUGAUGAACAUUUCCCACAAGGCCUUGUUCGACUUGUCCGAAUUCCAGUUCGGUCCGGUCUGAUUCAAGCCCGCAUGCGAGGUUGCCAUGAAGCUAAAGGCGAUGUUUUGAUCUUCUUUGAUAGUCACAUGGAAGUCAACAUCGACUGGCUUGAGCCGCUGCUAACAGAGAUAGCCAAGAACAAAACUGUCGUUGCUAUGUCAACCUUAGAUUACGUCCAGAGGGACAGCCUGGAGUACAAGUACAACCACAACUACUUGACCAGAUACGGCUGGGACUGGAGGAUGGUCUUCUUUGAAACCUUGUUCAGAGAAGACCAAAUCGGACCUGAUCCCAGGAAUCCACGAGAAGGUGCAACUAUGGUUGGAGCCGCCUUCGCAAUAGACAAGCAGUACUUUCUACAUCUGGGGGGUUAUGAUGAGUCUAUGACUGUAUGGGGAGGGGAAAACUUAGAAAUGGGUUGGCGGGUCUGGCAGUGCGGAGGUCGCCUUAUGCAUGUACCUUGUUCCAGAAUAGGUCACGUGCCCAGGAGUCAACCGUACAGCUUUCCUGGUGGGCGUAAACAAGUGGAACAUUUUAAUUACAAGAGAGCCAUCAGUGUUUGGAUGGGGAACUACUCCAGAUAUGUGUAUAGCAUCUUCCCUGAUAUGAAGGAUUUAAAUGUAGGAGACAUCAGUGCACGGCUAGAUCUCAAGGCCAGGUUGGGAUGCCAUGAUUUCAAAUGGUAUAUAGAUCACGUUUGGCCAGAGCUUGCCAUUUUUGACGAAAAUGUUAAAGUAUGGGGUCAGGUUAGAAACAAGAUUCAUAACAAGUGCCUAGACAACGACGGUCACCUGUUUCAGUACGAAGCUGACCUUCACUUUACUCCCUGUGAUCGUACCAUAGAUAAACAGGGCUUCUCUCUAACCAAUGAUAAUCUUCUGCAAACAUCGCUUCAAUGUGUCGUCUGCCACGAUCCGUCCGAAAACCCGGAUAUUAAACUGGAAGACUGCAUCAUAGGAACACGUGACAAAUGGGAUUAUACAAAGGACCAGAGAUUAUUGCACAUCAAAUCCAAUCUGUGUCUGGAUGUUGGCACGAAAGGUCCAAUGCUUAAAAACUGCACUACCGACGCAACACAGAUUUGGACUUUCCAUCCCUUUCAACUGUAAACGUCUGUCAAAUAGAAACAUAAAUCUUCAUA